AUGGACGCCUCCAAUGUCACCCACUUCCCCGCGGAUCUGCAGUAUAUCCAGUAUGAGCACGGUCUGGAAGCGAAUUAUCUCCCUGCUAUACGUUCUUUGAUCGCAAAAGACUUGAGUGAGCCAUACAGCAUAUACGUCUACCGAUAUUUUCUACAACAGUGGGGCCAUUUGUGCUUUAUGACCUUGAACCCCACCGAUGGAUCUCUCAUUGGCGUCAUUAUCUGCAAGUUGGAAGUUCACUCGUCUCACUCACCGCCAACACGCCGGGGCUACAUUGCCAUGCUCGCCGUGGCCUCGCCGUAUCGCGGUAAAGGCAUUGCGACAGCACUCGUGAAGAGGGCCAUCGAUGCCAUGGCCCUAAGGAACGCAGACGAAGUGGUUCUGGAGACAGAAGACACCAACACACAAGCCAUGCGCCUAUACGAGCGUCUAGGGUUCUUGCGCUCGAAGAAGCUACAUCGGUACUACCUCAACGGCAAUAGCGCCUACAGGCUGGUACUGCUGCUCAAGCCUAUCGACCCAGAUGCUGUGUUUGAGGAGUCAGAUGGCCAGUCUCCAUGA